AUGGAGAGAGAAUAUUUAAGAGAUUGGGGUUCUGAAGAAGUGACUAUGAAAGUUAUCAGAUACUUCCAGCUUGAAUCAUUUUCAAAGUUUGGUAGAGCUAUGCAUAUGGAUGGACUGGAUAAGGCUCUUUAUUUUACCAUAUUUGACUUUUUAUAUCUCAUUGAAGAUAAAUGUAUUAAAAUCGAGUAUGAAAUUACUGAUGCAUUUGAAAGAUAUAAAAGUGCAAUGAUUCAAUACUCGGGUAAGUCAAUACCACCUGAUGAAAUAAACAUAAUGAAAGAUCAAUAUUUCAAAUACAUUAAAUUAUCCACGUUACAAAAAAUCCAUAGAAAUGGCAUGAGAAUGAGACCAAUCAAAAUUGUGAUUAAAAAGGAUGAUCAGACAUUUGAGGAUGCCACAGUACAAAAUCCAUACCAAAUGUUGAAAUCAAUGUAUACAGCGGUUGUUGGUGUUUUAAAGGACAUAAGGGCUGGUAAAGAAUUAGAUGAUGACUUAAUGAAAAAGACAGAAGCCCGUAUAGAAUCCACUACAAAAAGCAAAAACUACAACCCAGAAUAUUUAAGAUACAUGUUACGGAUUAUGACCAGACAAGAAAAUGACCAAGAACUAAAUGAAGUUGAGCAACAAAACACUAGUGAUCAAGAUGAAGUCAGAUCGAGUGGGGAUAAUUCACAAGCUCAAGUUACUGAAAGUACUAUUCACAGUCAUAAUAAUGUCCGAUAUUAUGAUGAUAGAGAGAUCCAUAAUGGUGUUGAUGAUGGUGGUGACUCUGCACAAGCUCAAAUUUCUGGAAGUACUGCUGAUGAACAAGAUAAUGAAUCUCAAAAGAGUGGUGAUGAUGGAGAGAAAAAUAUUGAUCAUGGUGUUGGUUUUGUCAAUGAUGAUGAAAUAGAUCAGGACAGCUACUAUAAAAAUGACAAUAUCGAGUUUGAUUCCUUUGAUUCUCAUAGUUGUGCUGAAGAUUCUGGUAAAUCUGCUGAUGAACAAGAUAAUGAAUCUCAAAAGAGUGGUGAUGAUGGAGAGAAAAAUAUUGAUCAUGGUGUUGGUUUUGUCAAUGAUGAUGAAAUAGAUCAGGACAGCUACUAUAAAAAUGACAAUAUCGAGUUUGAUUCCUUUGAUUCUCAUAGUUGUGCUGAAGAUUCUCGUAAAUCGGAUGGUAAUGUAAAUGAAAAUACGGAUCAUUCUGGUGUGGUUAAUUUGGAACCUGAUAAUGAUUCUCGAGGUGAUCAAGAAACUCAUGUUGAAGAAGAAGAAAUUGGAAAAGAAAAUGAAGAAUUCAAUCAUAAUUCACCAUCAUAUGAUUAUAGCAAUGAUAAAGAUACUGACACUGAUAGAGGUAACAAGUCACGUAAAUCUGAUGGUAAUGUAAAUGAAACCAUGAAUUAUAAUGGUGGAUUAGAUGUUGGUACAAGUGAUGAACUGGAGAAAAACAAUAUUGAUCAAACAGUCCAUUCAGAAUCAACAGUAAUUCAGGAUCAUCAUAUGAAAGAUGCUGGUGAAUCUUUUCUAGAAUCAGCUAUUGAUAGUGAUCAAGAAAUGGCCGAUGCAACAAAAGAUGAUAUGAGUAUGUUACAAAUCUCUAAAUUGAGCACAAGUGAGAUUUUUCCAGUUGAUAACGAUAAUUCAACAAACUUAACAAAUCCACUAGAUAACCUUGAUCUGAAAAGAUAA